GACCAUCUUUUUUUCUUUAAUUUUGCAGAGUUGGGUAAUUGAUGUCCACACCCUCCUCUCUCUUAUCUUCUCACUGAUCUUCAUCUUUCUCAUCACUAAUCAUUUUCCCUCUUCUCUCUUUUCUCUCCCUUUGUCUCCUCCUCUCACUGUCAAAAUUCUCUUAUAUAAUACAACCCCACUUUAGAUCUGUUUUUUGUUGAGUUGAGAUGAUGUAGAUUUUUUUACAUAGUCAAAUUACAAAAAAUUACACAAUUUUUAUAGUGUAAAAAGGAAAAAGAAGUGUAGGUGGGAGGAGGGCGGUUAAGAAGAAAGAGCAUCAAAAGAUGGAAUUUGACGAGGAGCAGGAACAAGAAAUUGCCGCGGCUGCGGAAACUUAUCAAACACCAGGAAAUAAUUCAGUUAGAGAUGAAGGCGUUUCGACUAGUAUUGUCAGAAAAAAUAGUGUUAGGUACAGAGAGUGCUUGAAGAACCACGCGGUCGGCAUAGGUAGCCACGCCCUUGAUGGAUGUGGCGAAUUCAUGCCGGCCGGUGAAGAAGGUACCAUGGAUGCUUUGAAAUGUGCGGCUUGUAAUUGCCACCGAAAUUUCCACAGGAAGGAGGCAGAGGGUGAGGUGUUUCACCACACCCCACCACCCCACCUCACCCACCACCACCAGCCCCACCACCCCCAAUUUUCUCCCUUUUCAUCCUACCGUACCCCCCACCACCCCUCCGGGUACCUACACGUCACCCCACCACCCCAUCAAAGACCGUUGGCACUGCCAUCAACUUCUAGGGACGACGAAGAUAUGUCGAACCCGAGCAGUAGUGGGGGUGGUGGUAGUGGUGGGGUAGGUGGUUCAAGAAAGAGGUUUAGGACAAAAUUCACAGCAGACCAAAAGGAUAAAAUGUUGUCAUUUGCUGAGAGAUUGGGUUGGCGUAUGCAGAAGCAAGAUGAGACAUUAGUGCAGCAGUUUUGUAGAGAGACAAAUGUCAAACGCCAUGUUUUCAAAGUUUGGAUGCACAACAACAAGCACACUCUUGGUAAAAAACCCUAAAAAAAUAACAAAAGAAUUUCUUCACUAUAUAUGCUUUUUCUUUUCACCUUUUGUAUGGUAAAAGAGAUUAAAGCAUGUAUCUAUUUGAUGGAGCUAGGAGGAAAAUUGGAAGACGGCAGCUUAGUUUAAUUAAUUAGAUCAUCAGCCAAGGAUUUGUUGUAAGAGAUUUUAACAUUUUGAUGAGUAACUUGUUUAUGAUUCCUACUAGCUAGACAUUGUUACGUUAGUCAGCUUGGUUCUUCUUUAUUUAGUUAUUUUCUUUUCGUA